ACGUUACAUGUAACUUUGUGUUUGCUGGGAUAUUACAUAUCUAAUGGAUAUUUUCGACAGAUAUUAGGGAUAUCCAUGAAUAUAUAGAAAAUAUUCAUUAGACAUAAUAUAAAUAUCCAAAUGUCCGCAAUAUAAGAUCUAGUAAAUAUCCAUGGGAUAUAUAGAUCAAUAUCCAAUCGACAUUCAUAGCAGUAUCUAGUGGAUAUUUAUGUAGAUAUCCACUGGAUAUUCUAUAGAUGUCGACUGGAUAUUGAUCUACAUAUCCUAUGGAUAUUUAUUAGAUUGCAUAUUGCGGACAUCUGGAUAUUUAUAGCAUGUCUAAUGGAUAUUUCCUAUAUAUUCAUGGAUAUCCCUAAUAUCUGUCGAAGAUAUCCAUUAGAUAUGUAAUACAUAUUAUGUUCUGUGUGAGAUGCAAUCGCAAUUUAUUAUUCAAUCCAGUUCUUGGUGUAUGCAAUUAUCCGAAAAAUGUAAAAUGCAAUGCUCUCAUUCCACGAACUACGGAAAUCAUGUCAACUAUCCGCUCAUUAAUUACGACGUCGCCAAAUCCGCCAUUGACUUCAACAUCGUUUUCUCCAAAACCGAUAGAAUCAGUAAAGUCAUCUGCCUGUUUAAUUUGCGUACCAAAGAUUAAGCCUUACAAAGUUCUCCAUAAGAUUUGGUGCCAUUAUUAUUAUUGGUGUACUUGGGGCAUAAAAUCUAUGGUGCCAAAAAAAUGCAAAAGCCUUUUAGUAUUCAAUCCAGAUAUCAGCGAAUGUGAUCGCCCAGAAAAUACAGAUUGCGGUGACAGAAGUACUCCAUCGCCAAGACUUACAACACCUGAAGAAUAUACAACAACGACAACACAUUCCCCACGAGAUCCCAAUAAACCUCGUGAGAAUUGUCCUCCAAAGGAUUCAACAGAAAAAGCGCAAAUAGCUCAUGCAUGUCUAUGUACCCAAUAUUACGAAUGCGUAAACGGUGAAAAAAUAUUAAAAACAUGUCCAAUAGGCAAGCAUUUUGACUACGUGAAGGAAAUUUGCGAUAUGUCGGCAAUAGUAAAGUGUAUUCGGCUGAUACCGAUGUUCGACAUUUCAAUAUUUGACGUUCAAAUUGAUGACUAUAAUAUUACAUCCCAGUGAACACAUUUUAUAGCGGCAAUAUAACAUGGAAGUUACAAGUAAUUUAACAUUGUUAUUCUUGU